UUCGCGCCAGUUUCCUCAGCAAACCGAGCGCGACACGUUUGACUUCCCCGAGUUUAAAUCGUGGAUGGACUGUUGUGCGGCAGGAUGGUGGCGAGGAAUUUCUCGGUGCAGGACAUACCGUAUUCGCGACUCCUUCAGGUGCCCGACGACGACCGCGAUUUCAUCAGCAUCGAGGAACUUAAGCCAGUCAUGGUGCAGCAGAACAUACAUCCCCAGCAUUAUCAGCCCACCUACUUCGAGCUCACGGGGAUGGUGGAAAGCCCGUGCCAGAACAGCAUGAGCUACCAAAGUACCCAGAAUUCGUCGAACGCCAGCCUGGUGGAUAUGCAACAGGUGGACAGCACCCACAACCCUUCGAGGAAACGCAAGGCUUCCUACAAUGACACCAGCGACAUGGACGAAGACAACGGGGACGACUCGAAAUCCGUCAAAACCACCGACGAAAACAAAAAACAGAAUCACAGUGAGAUAGAAAAAAGGAGGAGGGACAAGAUGAACACGUACAUUACGGAAUUGUCGGCGAUGGUACCAAUGUGUCAUGCCAUGUCGAGGAAACUGGACAAGUUGACGGUUUUAAGGAUGGCGGUGCAACAUCUGAAAACCAUACGGGGUGCAGUUCAUUCCUACACUGAAGGGCACUACAAACCAUCGUUUUUAUCAGAUCAGGAGUUGAAGUGUCUCAUCCUUCAGGCCGCCGACGGGUUCCUAUUUGUCGUAGGCUGUGAUAGGGGUAGGAUUUUGUAUGUUUCCGAAUCGGUCUCGAAGGUUUUAAAUUUUUCUCAGGGCGACCUUCUGGGACAGAGCCUUUUCGACAUAAUCCACCCCAAAGACGUGGCCAAAGUCAAGGAGCAGCUUUCCUCCGCUGAUCUCAACCCAAGAGAAAGACUGAUCGAUGCCAAAACAAUGUUGCCAGUAAAAACCGACGUUCCUCAAAGUGGUUCCCGGCUUUGUCCGGGUGCUAGACGUUCGUUCUUCUGCCGAAUGAAGUGCAAACUGUCGUCGCAGAUCAAAGAGGAAGCCGACACAACCACCGGCUCUCAUAGACGUAAGAAGCAACACAAUGCAGACAAAAAAUUCACGGUAAUACAAUGUACGGGUUAUCUGAAGUCCUGGACUCCGGCUAAGAUGGGUCUGGAGGAACAGGAGGAUGGGGACGGCGACUCAUGCAAUUUGUCCUGUUUGGUGGCGAUAGGGAGGAUACUGCCGCACAUUUCUACCGUCGCGGCUGCCACACAGAACAGAUCUAACGUUAGGCCGAUACAAUUUAUUUCUAGGCACGCGCUUGAUGGGAAAUUCCUCUUCGUGGAUCAAAGAGCUACCCUGGUUUUAGGAUUCUUACCGCAGGAGCUUUUGGGAUCUAGCAUGUAUGAGUAUUACCAUCACGACGACAUACAUGCAAUAGCCGACUGUCAUAAAAUAGCAUUGCAGAGCACAGACAGGGUAACGACUGGAGUCUACAGAUUUCGGACUAAGGAUGGCGGGUUUGUUAGCUUACAAAGCGAAUGGAAGGCAUUUAAGAAUCCUUGGACCAAAGAAGUCGAAUAUUUGAUCUCUAAGAACAAUUUAGUUUUAAGUGACUUUAGGACGGUGGAAAGUACUGCCGGAAGGAACGAAGGAUUUCAGGAAAACUUUGAUUUCUUCGCACAAACAAAUAAAGAUAUGCAGAGGCUAAUUAAGACACAUAUAGAAGCCAGUAAAAUUGGUCGGCAAAUAGCGGAACAAGUAGUUGACUCCCAAAGACGUGGUGGUGAGUCUUCUUCAAGCAACAGUCCGGAUCCCGACCCAGAAUCAUCACUACCAAUGCCCAGUACAGAAUCACAAAUUACAACAAGUGCUCAGUGUGAGCAGCAGACUGUACCUGUCCAGGAAUAUCCUCAGCAGCAGCAAACAUUCAACCAUGUGAGAAACAAUGUUCCUCUAUCCAGUGUGGCUACAGACCCAGGGGGAAACUCAGAUGAAGGAAUUAUAGAAAUGAUAGAAGAUGCAGUUCGUGAUUCACCAAAUAACGGUCCAACGAUGGAUGGAAAUGAUGAGGCUGCGAUGGCGGUGUUGAUGAGUCUUUUGGAGGCUGACGCCGGAUUGGGAGGUCCUGUAGAUUUUUCAGGAUUGCCCUGGCCACUACCUUGACCAGAAUAGAAUUUCAACCUUAGGACCUAUCUUCAAUAUGCAUAUUUAUUGUAUUAUUGUUGUAAUAUCUGUGUUAUUAAAUUAUAUUUAUGUAUAAUAUAACGUUUAAUUAAAUAAAUUAUAUGUCAUAAUUAUUUGA